AUGCCGGCUAAGGGGAAGGACAAAAAGAAAGGGAAGGGCAAAGACAAAGGCAAAGAUAAAGACAAGAAAAAGAAGAAGAUCAUAAAACUUGAGGAAUCUGUUGUGGAGAGAGCUAAGGCCAAUGCCUCCCUUUGGGAGGCCAGGCUGGAAGUCACAGAACUCUCUAGGAUUGAGUAUCGUGAUACUUCCCGGAGACUGGCAAGGUGUAAUGAAGAGUUAAAGAGACAGCAGUAUAAAAUGGAGAAAGACACAAUGUCUGUAUUGAACCAUCUGAAGAAACAGGAUCAGGAGAAAGAUAAUCUGAUUGAAAAACUGAAACAGCAAUUGAAUGAAACAAAGGAAAAAGCCCAAGAGGAGAAGGAAAAAUUGGAACAAAAAUUUACUAUGCAAGUAAGUGAGCUGGAGGGACAGUUCCAUCAAAAGGCCAAAGAAAUUGGCAUGGUUCAGACAGAGCUCAAAACAAUAAAACAAUUCCAGAAGAGAAAAAUCCAAGUGGAGAAGGAAUUAGAUGAUCUAAAGGAGGAUUUAAGGAACACAGAGCGGAAACAUCAGGAGACUCUUAGAAGACUGGAAGGCAAGUUUUUUGAAGAAAAGCAUAGACUAGAAAAAGAGGCUGAAAAGAAGAUAAUAACGCUGGCAGACAGAGCCCACCAUGAAGCUGUCGUGCAAUUGAACAAUGCUGGAAGAAGUGUUUUUAAAGAGAAUAUUUAUCUCCAGAAAGCUCUCGCAUACCAUCUGAAGGAAGCUGAUGCUCUACAAAAAAACUCCCAGAAGUUGCAAGAGACUCAGACUUUCCUUUUAGAGCAAAAGGAGAUCAAUGAUCUGUUGGUUAAAGAAAAGAUAAUGCAACUUACCCAGCAGAGAUUACAAAUCCAAACUCUUCAGAAGAAGGUAGUAAGCCUGGAGAAUGCCCUGGUUUGCAUGACCAAAGAGUUUGAGACUGAAGUUUUAAAACUGCAGCAACAGGCAAUGGUAGAGAACCAAGCAGGUCAGGUUGAAAUUUUCAAGCUGCAGCAACUUCUUCAGAUGAAGGACAAGGAAAUGAAUCGAAUAAAGAAGCUGGCCAAGAACAUACUAGAUGAGAGAACAGAAGUGGAAAGAUUCUUUUUAGAUGCUCUGCACCAAGUAAAGAAACAGAUCCUGUUUAGCAGAAAGCAUUAUAAACAGGUAGCACAAACUGCCUUCAAUCUUAAAAUGAGAGAGGCAUGUGCAGGAAGAAUGGAAUAUCCCAAAAUCCGAACGUUUGAUGGCAGAGAACACAGCACCAAUAGCGUGAAUCAGGAUCUUAUGGAGGCUGAUAAAUGGACAGAUAUUCAAGGAAAUGUGGAUAUUGGAGAUUUGACCUGGGAGCAGAAGGAGAAAGUCUUGAGACUGCUCUUUGCAAAAAUGAAUGGCUUUGUUCCCAGGAAAUACAGCCAGAGUUCUAGACCUCCAGUUCCAGACUGUGUUGUUCCUGACGAUGAAACAACAAAGGAGUUUGGGGAUGAAAGUAAGCUUCAAGAUCAAACGUUCAUCACCCAGCAAGUGCCAAUCUUAAACUCUACUGGUGAACUGCUGAUACGCAAUAUUCAGAAAGGAUCACAAGAGUCUGACACAGUAAGGAGCUAUAAUCUAACCAAACAAUACAUGUAA